AUGAGCAUCCAAAGCUUGCCAGUGGGCGGUGUUCCUUUCGGUCGGCCCGGGAAUGAGGCGAGACAACAAGUUACCGAAGGAGAUCCAACAGCUUCCUUCCCCUCCCCCGUGCCUAUUUCGCAAUCCGAAGGAAAUAUCAAUGCGCUGGACACCGCUGGACACAAAUCCAUCGAGCCAUAUGGGAACGAUCGCGAGAAUCGUCCCAGAGCCGUAACCUUCGCCAGCCGUGUGCGCAUAACUUCAGGCAUACGAAGAAAAGAUCGUCCUGGGCCUGCGGAACGAUCAGACCCAAAUGCCAGUGACCUCCGCGACCAAAGUUCAUUCACACCCAACUACUUGUGCUCUCGGUCUAGUUCACGAGCAUCGUCGGCCUCUUCCUUUUCCGUUGCAUUGCGUCCUCCCGCAGCCACCGCUCCCCAGUUAUAUACGGUGCCCGUCAAGACCUCCCUCAGUGCAGUCAUGGCUUCCAAGGAUGCGAAUCAAUUCUUGGCCAAUUUACGGGGUCCCCUACAACGCGUGAAACGUGCGAACCGUUCUCCUCGCCCCCGUUCCCCUGAAUUUUCUUCCCCUGGACAAGGGGAACGUGACGACAGAGUCGUAUACGAUGAUCGGUUACCGCUCCUCAACAACUCAUCUCAUGAAACAAUAAAAGGUGGUCUCACCUCCACACGACAAUGCCAAUCCAUACUACGGAACCGAAAUACAACUUAUGACGCGACAUCCCCUCCUCUCGGUCGUAACAUCUAUUAUGACAACUUUGACGAUUAUGACGAUGACCCUACUUGCUCUGGAUUUACCUCUUGCCUCACCUCUAUGUGCGCACAACGCUCUUCCUUGUGCAGUAGCGGAAAGAGGAAUGACGAAAAUAGCGUCAUCUCCAAUUGA